AUGCCCGUCACCGAGAUAUAUAUCCUCCGGCACGGCCAUCGGCUUGCCUGGUCGCUCAACCCUUCCACGGGCAAAUACUCUUCCAGCCACCCCUUUCCCACACGGCUGCCAGCAGAUCCCCCUCUCGCGUCGCAUGGCGUCCGUCAAGCGCAAGAAACGGGUCACCAUCUCAGCGCAUUAUUCGCAGAUCUCGUAAAGCAGGAUCGGCUGCGGAUUUACUCCUCGUUAUUCUACCGCUGUCUUGAGACGCUGCGGCCGACGGUGGAAGCGCUACUUGAACAAAUCCCGGAACGUGACGUUGAGAGAGGACGGAAUCUGCGGGUACGAGGCGAAAGAGGACUGGGCGAGUGGUUCGGGCGCGCGUGGUUCGUGCAACCCUCUCCUGCAGACGCUCCGAGGUUACGCAGGGAGUUCUUCCCGUGGUUGGAUGAUGAGUAUCGCUCGAGAAUCAUACCAUCUGAACAUGGUGAGCGCAUAGAAGAGCUGCAUGACCGGGUUGCGCGGGCUUUGGCUAGCGUCGUGAGGGACGUGGAUGAAGAAUUUACUCGUCAAGGAAGAGGCGACGAGGAAGUCACAAUUCUGAUUUCUGGGCAUGCCGCGCCCAUCAUUGCAUCUGGACGAGCGCUGACGGGGGAUGUUCCCGAUGACUGGGACGAGGAGGACUUUCGCUGCUUUACGUGCGGCUUGAGUAAAUUUGUAAGACGGCAGCUGGCCCCUUCUCAAGAGGGUGAGAGACAGGCACACUACGAUGACCGAGCCCAGGGAGUGGCUGGCGGAUGGGACUGCCUUCUGAACAGUGAUUGCAGCCAUCUGAGUCAGGGCGAGGAGAGGGGAUGGCAUUUCCAUGGCGAUGAGAGUUUUGACUCGUAUCAGGAUGUUCAAGGGAGGCGUCUGAAGGUAUCGGAUGGGAGUGUUCAUGAGUCGAAGUUGUGA